CCCCUGUGUGUUCUCUAGUUGGAAGACGCUAAACAAUCAAUAGCAGACGAGAACAAAAUGGCGUUCAGGAAAGUGUUAGCAGGCAUGUUUGUUACGCUGGAACGUAGCUGUAAAUAUAAUUCAAUGAGACCGUCCAGGCUUAAAAAGUACUCUGGUGUGGCAGCAGCUAUCAAAAUCACGAGCAUCAAGAUCAAUUAUGGGCAGCACCUUCUAUUACAUUGUUUUCUUCCAUUACUUUCUUCGUGAGCAGUCAACCUGCAAAACAAACUGAUGCUCAGAAAUCUAAUCCUGUGCAAGACGACCAAAAGAUUAUUCAUAAAGCAGAUUUAUUAUAUGAUAGCUUCAAAUUUGAUGAGCUUAUAUACCUUUCUGAAAGACUAUGCUGAUGUUGAAAUGAUGAGAUUCUAUGGCGUUUGGCUCGUGCUACAAUGGAGAAGUCCAAACUGACUAAAGAAAAAGCGCAGCGCAGACAACUGAUACAAGAAGCUUUUUCUACUGUAGAGCGAGCACUAGCUCUCAAUGACAAAAACUUUGCUUGUCAUAAGUGGUAUGGGAUACUUUUAGAUGCCAAAGCUGAGUAUGAUGGCACAAAGGCUCGCUUAUUAUGUGCAUACAAAACAAAAGAGCAUUUUCUUAGAGCAGCAGAACUUAAUCAGAAAGAUGCAACAACACUUUAUUUAUUAGGGAUCUGGUGCUUCACAUUUGCAGACUUGCCAUGGUACCAAAGAAAAAUAGCCAGUGCUAUUUUCACCACACCGCCAUCAUCAACAUAUGAUGAGGCUUUGAAAUAUUUUCAUCGUGCAGAACAAACUGAUCCAAGCUUUUACAGCAAAAACACCCUAAUGCUGGGAAAGACGUACCUUAGACUUGGCAACAAGAAGAUGGCUUUGCUUUACCUUACCAAAGCACGGGAAUUCCCUCUCAAUACUGAAGAUGACAGAGAUGCUAACAAAGAGGCUGAGGAGCUUCUGAAAAGCAUGGGUAUCAAGUUCUGAACUGAUGGAUAAAAGUGGUUUACCAAGCCUGCUUUUCUACUGACAUCAUGGUAGAUGCACGUCUUGUGUGUCUAUGAAAAGUUUUCCACCCAUAAAUGUUAGAGCUGUAAGACUACAGUUAAAAUGAGUACAGUUUGUUUCAGACCCCGUAUUUGUGCUCACGUGGUGUUCCGAAUCACUAGGAAAAAAGAGAAAGGAACUAUGUGCUUAGCAAUUCAAUUUAUUGAUGUAUACAAUCAUCAGCACCUUAAUUCUUUGAGGAUUUAAUGAUCAUGACGUUGCAGAAAAAAAGUACGAGUCAAUGUGAAUGUGUUGUGAUCUUUUUGAUUCUUUCUAUGAAAGCAACUAAUUUGAUUAUUAAUAUGUGUGUAUUGAUAAUAGUAUGUCACUGACUUUUGAUUCUGAAGUAAUGCCGAAAUGUUGACUUCUCACGUCUAGUUCAUUGCAGAGUAUAAAGUAAUUCUGGAGUAAAUUCAUUUCAAGACUCCCAGCACCAAAUAGUUUAUGUUUUCAGACCGUCUUGGAAUUUCCUUUAUAGGAUUUGGAUUAGAUGGGAAAUGCUGGUAUACCUGGGCAUAUAUAAAUGUAUAUUUUGAGUUUUAUGAUAUAUUGACAGCAUGGAUGCUAUGUUUAUGUCUGUUUUACUACAUUUAUAGCACACACUUUUGAAUGCACUACUGUCUUAUCAUUUUCUAUACAACUUUUUAAACAGCUGAUUCCAGUCGGAUUGGAUUUGGAACAAGUGAUAAAAGUAUUUUGAUGCUAAUGUUGGAUAGCAAAAUAUAACAAUACAAUAUAUUCCACAGUCUGUGGUUUGAUCCUUUUAUGCAAAAGAUUAUAUGAAAGAGCUGAUUAAUACUAAAAACUGGUUUAUGUUACCUGUUUAGAAUAUUUACGAUUACCAAGACGAGUGAUUGAUACUAUAAAAUUUGCUCUCUAUAUUAUAAUGAAACAUUGCAAUCCAUCUAUUUUAUUGUUGUCCUAUAUAAAGAACAUUUAUUAUUCACUCAUACAGCUCUCUUUACAUGAAGAUUGUUGAUGUUGAAAAAUAUUUUGAUAAGAUUAACUGUAAGAUAUUCUCUUUAUAUAUAUCCUUUUAAGUAUGCUAUGCACGAAACUUUAUUUUUGAAUAAAGCAGUGGAACUCAGCAAUUUUAUCUUAUUUAUUGAUU